CACUGCGCUGGUACAGCACUGUGUGACUGUUGAUGCACUGUAGUGAGAUACUACUCUUUAACUUUACGCGACAGCCCUGGGUGGACUUUUCCUAAAAAAACUGAAUAAUAUCCGUCAGCAGAGCUCGCGCAAGGCGCGUGCGUAUUCAAACUCCACCGUCUUGAAUAUUUUCCUCCACUUUCCCAAGCCCUCCUUUACAGUAUGAAGUGCAGUUAUGGCAAGGAGUAGCAAGACAGUAGCGAGGACCCUGGAGGAUUUGACGCUAGACUCGGGUUAUGGUGGAGCCGCCGACUCCUUCAGAUCUUCCAGUGCGUCGUUGUGCUGCUCAGAGGCACAUGGGGGGAAUCACUGGCAUUUAACCGACUCGAUGCACAGUCGACACAACAGUCUGGACACUGUUAACACGGUCCUGGUCGAAGACGCCGAGAUCCUGGAGAGCACCGGGCAGUGCGCUAAACUACCCGAGCUUGAGGAUGUGCCGUGGAGCCUCGGGGAAGUGGCGAGCGCACUGAGCAGGGACGAGGAGAUGAGCCUGCCGACCCCCCCGCAGGACGUCCUGCUCAGGCUCUCGGUGCUGGUCAGCCGGGCCCUGGUCAGGGUCGCCAAGGAGGCGCAGCGCCUGAGCCUGCGCUACGCCAAAUGCACCAAAUAUGAGAUACAAAGUGCCAUAAAGAUCGUCCUGUCGUGGACCGUGUCCAUGAACUGCAUCAGCGCGGCCCUCAGUGCCUUGUCCCUGUACAACAUGAGCACGGAGGAAGACAAGUUCAGCCGCGGUAAGUCGCUGCGCUGCGGACUCAUCUUCAACGUGGGGAAGUUCUUCAGGUGGAUGGUCGACAGCAGGGUUGCGGUCAGGAUCCACGAGCACGCCGCGAUCUACCUGGCUGCGUGCAUGGAGAGCCUCUUCCGCGAGGUGUACGCGCGGGUGCUGCGCAGUGCGCUGCUGGAGCGGGAUAACGGGAUCCCCAAGUUCACUGUGGAGAUCCUGGAGCAGGCCGUCAACAGUGAUGCAGAGAUAUGGGGGUCUCUGCUGUCCUGGCAACACCUGAUCUGUGGGAAGAAUGCAAGCGGUGUGCUAAGUCUGCCCGAGGGUCUGACUCUUCACAGGGACCAGCAGCAGCAACAGCAGCAGCAGCAGCGAGCGGGGAAGAGCGGAGAGGGAAACGCCUACAGUCAGUCUGACCUGCGCUCCGUUGAACAGUGUUUACUGGCUACAAGAGUGGGCAGCAUCUCCGAACUCAGUGACCUAGUGUCCCGGGCCAUGCACUACCUACAGCCACUGUAUAUGAAGAACCACAACAAUGGGACACCGAUCCACCAGAAGAGCAGUGUAAUUCACUGGGAGCCCGAGGCGAUCUACACGCUCUGUUACUUCAUGCAUUGCCCUCAGAUGGAGUGGGAGAACCCAAAUGUUGAGCCCUCCAAGGUUACCUUACAAACAGAGAGGCCGUUCAUGGUGCUGCCGCCUCUGAUGGAGUGGGUGCGCGUUGCUGUAGUUCACGCCGAACACAGACGCAGCUUCUCUGUGGACAGCGAUGAUGUGCGGCAGGCUGCCAGACUGCUGCUGCCUGGAGUGGACUGCGAGCCCCGUCAGCUUCGAACGGAUGACUGCUUCUGUGCCUCGAGGAAACUGGAUGCUGCCUCUACUGAAGCAAAGUUCCUGCAGGACCUGGGCUUCCGUAUGCUCAGUUGUGGACGAACAGACCUGGUGAAGCAGGCUGUCAACCUGCUGGGGCCCGAUGGUAUCAACAGCAUGAGUGAGCAGGGGAUGACCCCGCUGAUGUACGCUUGUGUCCGCGGAGACGAGGCCAUGGUGCAGAUGCUGCUGGAUGCGGGGGCUGAUAUUAACAGCGAGGUGCCAAACUCAGUGCACAAGCACCCCUCAGUCUUUCCCGAAACCCGGCAGGCGACGCCCCUCACUUUCGCUGUGUUACACGGACAUGUGCCUGUGGUGCAGCUGCUGCUGGAUGCCAAAGCCAACGUGGAAGGGUCCCUACAAGACGGGAUGGAGAACUACACAGAUACCCCGCUGCAGCUGGCGGCUGCUGCAGGUAAUUUUGAGCUGGUGAGUUUGUUGCUGGAGCGGGGGGCGGACCCCAUGGUGGGAACCAUGUACCGUAAUGGCAUCUCCACCGCGCCGCAGGGAGACAUGAACUCCUACAGUCUGGCAGCAGCUCACGGACACAGAAAUGUCUUUCGUAAGCUGCUGUCUCAUACAGAGAAAGGAAAAGGGGACGUCUUAUCCCUGGAAGAGAUUCUGGCAGAGGGUUCGGAGCUGGAAGGUAGAAGUCCGUCCCAGAUUGACCUGAUCCGAACUGGGAAGGCCAAACUUAAAGCCCUGAAAGAAGCCAUGUACCACAGUUCAGAACAUGGGCAUGUAGACAUCACCAUAGAUAUACGGAGCCUCGGGGUUCCAUGGACUUUGCACACUUGGCUCGAGUCUUUGCGCACAUGUUUCCAUCAGCACCGCCGGCCUCUGAUCCAGGGUCUCCUGAAAGAGUUCAGCUGCAUCGAGGAAGAGGAGUACACUGAGGAGCUCAUUACGCAUGGCCUGCCUCUCAUGUUCCAGAUCCUCAGAGCCAGCAAGAAUGAGGUGAUCAGCCAGCAGCUGUCUGCAAUCUUCACCCAGUGUUACGGCCCUUACCCUAUCCCCAAACUGGCAGAGAUCAAGAGGAAGCAGUCGUCACGUCUCGAUCCUCACUUCCUGAACAAUAAGGAGAUGUCAGAUGUGACCUUUUUGGUGGAAGGGAAGCCUUUUUACGCCCACAAAGUCCUACUCUUCACAGCUUCCAACAGGUUUAAAACUCUUCUAGCAAACAGGCCGUGUGGUGAAAACACAUGCAUUGAAAUCAGCAAUGUAAAAUAUCAUAUUUUCCAGCUGGUGAUGCAGUAUCUCUACUUUGGAGGGACAGAAGCGUUGCACAUCAGGAACACUGAUAUUAUGGAGCUUCUGUCUGCAGCCAAGUUCUUCCAGUUGGAGGCGCUGCAGAGGCACUGUGAGAUGAUCUGCUCCAAGAACAUUAACACUGAAACGUGUGUGGAGAUCUACAACCACACCAAGUUUCUUGAUGCUCCAGACUUGGCUUCCUAUAUAGAGGGUUACUUUCUAAAGAACAUGGUAAUCCUGAUCGAGUUGGAGCCAUUCAAACAGCUACUGUACGACGCACCUCCAGACAGCCCUGGCUGUGACAUCCUGCAGGACCUGGAGAAAACCCUGGCCAUUCGCAUCCAGUCCAUACACCUGUCCUCCUCCAAGGGAUCCAUUGUUUGAUCUUCUGACCUUUCUGAGCAGAUAAUAUUUAUCAGAGACACAUCAGAGACAUGACACUGUAUUGCAAUGUAUCUGAACAACAGGUCAUUACAAGUGAAAGAGAAAAAUAAGACUCGUAGGACUGUCCAGUUAAGAUCUUUGUCUCUGUCAAGCUCAUCCGUUGCUAAUGUGCUUCUUAUCUUAGCACAGAUGGUUUCAAGUCUGUCUGUCUGUCUGCCUUGUUGAUAUCUGUCAACAAUUAAUUACAGUAACAUACAAUGACUGUCUUAAGAUAGUUGCAUUAUGCCACAAUUUGCCAAGAACAUAGGCUACAUUACUGUAACAAUGUCCCUCAUUCAGCAAGAAUUUCUGAGUAGUACACUCUGUGUGUUUCAUGUUGCACUGAAUGGAUCGGGCUACGGAGGAAGGGUUGCAACCAACUGCAACAGUGAGAACAUCUGCAUACGUGGCUCAGUGUGUUGAGACAAUAACCAACCUCAGCGUAAUGUGAUAAGCCAUCAGUGUAUCCCUUCCUGGCUGUGUGGAAGAACUGCCUCAUGUUGUGAUUAUUUGCUUAAACAUGUGGACCUGUACAGAGUAAUUCAUUUGUAUAUUUUCUCUUAGCAUUAUCUGUGCUGAUUACUCUUUAAAGCCAAACAAGACAAACAACUGACAAGUACCUGUAAUGUGACUGAUGCAAAAUAGGAAGUUUCAUGAUGUGACUCUGGGCAACUGGAUGGGAAAGAGGACUUUUCCUUCCUCCACUACUGUGUAAAUAUUGUUCAUAAAAACAGAGCUAUUGAUAAUGUAAGUUAAUGUAUAUAUAUCCGCAGAUGUUUUCUCAUGUGUCUUACUGUUGGAUAUCGCUGUAAAAACAUAAAGCUCAUCUUUUAAAUAUCUAUGUUUAAAUGUUGCAUGUCAGAGGGAUGACUGUGUUUUUGGUUUUUCUGUUUGAAGACUGCAUUGAGGAACUGCUUUCACACUUGUACGACUGAAAGUUGGGAGAGAAUAUUUUCUUCAUCAGCAUGGGUCACUAAAUGUGUAACAGUCAAUUGGUGUCGUCAUUUCGUGUGUGAGAGGCUCAAGGCUUGUGUAGUCCUGAACCGGGAACAUGAUGCUGUCAGCUGACAACACAUGACUUGUGUAUGUGUGAC